AUGAAGCAAGAACAGCCUUUCCUUGGAGUUAUACAUUUUUCGGCCUUUCCUUGGAGUUAUACAAUAAGUAGUGUAAUGUAUGGACAGUAUGGUUAUGAAAUUGCGUUAUGGAAUAACACUGACACAAUUUUGUUUUAUUUUUUAGUUCUUCGGCCUUUUCUCACAAGAAUUGCUGCACAUGGGUUGGUUUCUGGUUAUGGAAUAUGCGGUAAAGCUCAAGCCCAGCUCGAGUCAGCUCUUGAAUACAAAACUGGACUUUAG